UUUUGCCGGCCGGUUCCUUUAGUUUUACCCGAAAGUACGUUCUUAUUCCUUGAUUCCGCUAUGACGAGUGCCGCCAAGCUGGUUCAGUAUGUGAUAGUGAACGGAGAGAUUGCCAAAAGUUGGCCAAAGGGUGCCGUGAUAGCCCAGUGUUGUCAUGCGGUAUCGGCCGUCUCGCAUCUGUAUGCCAGUGAUCCGGAUACGGUAGAGUAUUUCAAGGAUUUGGAUAACAUGCAUAAAGUAGUACUAGAGGCUCCGGAUGCUGGCAAAUUGAAUGGAUUGGGUGAGGUGCUCCUGCAGAACGACAUCAAGCAUAAGGUAUGGAUCGAACAGCCAGAAAAUAUACCCACCUGCAUUGCACUGAAGCCCUACCGGAAAGAGGACGUUCAAAAGUAUGUUAAGAAAUUCAAACUUCUAAGUUAGAUUUUGGAUGCAUUUUUCCUAAGCAUAAAACAAUAGCUUAACGAUAAAUAAAUAUUGUGAAAAUUCUCCGAAGCAAACGUCAAGAGCAAGAUCGCUUUGAAGGUUUUUAUUAUUGUUUCGGUUUUUAUGAGCAAUUUUAUUAAUGUUGAGGUACGGAGGCCACUGCAGAGCUAGAUGUAACGAAGCGAGAAGGCAGUACUGUGGUGAGGUGUGAUUUUUCAUCUGGUAUUACGUAAGGUUCUGCUCUUUUUUUUUUGGGUCGCCGGCAAAAAAGUAAAUAUAUUGGAAACAAUAUUUAUACUGUGAAACUCGCUCGCACACUUGUUAUUAUAAGCAGCGUGGGCUGGCAUAAAAAGUUAAAGAUAUGUGGCCUCCUACUAAACGACAUUCUUUACUGUGAUUCAUAAGCAGAUUCGCUGGUGGACGUGAAACAA